AUGAAGAAAAUUUCGCCGUGGUUGACGCUCAUCAUCGGCUACGUACUCGGCUACGUUCUCUACCCGAUGCUGCAGAUGUGGACUUGUCGCUGCGACCGUUCCAUCGAUUACCUUCCCGAAGAGGCCUUCAGAUCUCUCGACAGUGGAGGACAGGCUGCAGGGGCCGGAUUAUUAGCUUCUGCGCGCGUCUCGCGGGACGAUUUCAUUCGCCGCUACCUGCACCCGCCACCCGCCGCGACGUGGCUACGCCCACGGGCUCUGGGGAGACCCAGAACCCUUUCGGGAGAGUAUCAGACUGCAACACUUCUCACCCCUCCGUACGAGACCUGCCCAUUGUCAGGCUACCAGGAAUUCCCCGAUCAAGUCUACCCUCCGCAGAAGAAAGUAUUCGCAGUCUUGCACUACAUCCACGAGCACUACAUCAGCGACUUCCAGUGGUUCGUGCGUGCUGAUGACGACGUUUACGUGCGCGGGGAAAAGCUGGUAAACCUACUGAGCACCUUCAACUAUAACGAGAUGGUGUAUCUUGGACUUGCGGGAAAAGGAAAAGCAGAGGAUAUCAGUCGACUUGGUCUUCAACCACACGAGCAUUAUUGUAUGGGUGGACCUGGGGUAGUGCUGAGCAAGGCUGCUCUGAGGGAGCUGGCUCCAUAUCUCGACCUUUGUCUGAGUGCAGUUGAUCAAUACAAUGAGGCAAACCCUGAUAAUCCGUGGUAUAACGAGGACGUCGAGCUGGGUAGAUGUGUGAGCAGAUCAAUCAAUAUACAGUGCUCAACAUCAGCUGAGGGAAGGUCGUACUUCAUCCAGGACUAUACGUCGGCAGCCCUCCAUCCACAGAGCCUCUGGCAGAGCCCUGUCUUUCGAGAUCUCAUCACCCUUCAUCCCAUCAAACAGCCCGAGAACCUGUACGCCGUCCACCACUACUACGAAGUGGCUCGGGCCGGAAAACUCCAGAAACAGUUGCAGGAAAUUGAAGAAGGGAUAAAAUCAAUCUGUGAGAACAUUCCGGAAGGUUUGGCGCCGCCAUGGCAGCUAAUGCCGAGCUGCUCUGUCCAGCUGUGUUCCGGUGGUUGGACAAGAGUGGGCGUGGCUACAUACUCCACUCCGUUCACCGUGGCAACCAAACUCCCGAAACUUUACAAUCCUCCAAGUCUCUAUGAGCUUGUCCCGUGGGAGCAUUUCAGCACGUCUACCAUAAACUAA